CCUCUCCCCGCAAAACCCUAACACAAAAACACACUCCAUUUUCUCCUCCACACACACUCCUCAAUAAGCGGCGCCGCCCCUUUUUGCACCACCACCACCUCUCUCUCUAGACAGACUCCUCUCUCUCUACGGCACAUCUUGCUCCUAGUUGAAAAAGUCUUCAACUUGCACUCUCUCUCUCCACAUGUUAGGCCUUGCCUCACACUAUGAUUAGUUGACACUCCCCCCAUAAAUAAAAAACAACACUUUUUGGUCAUCCACAACACACCAACACCACAACAAUAAAAACACACACAUAUAUAUGCUUAUAAAAGCUCUUCAGCUCUAGGAGCUUACUUUUUUUUCCUCUCCCUCUCUCUCUCUCUUCUCCUCCACCUUCCUCCUCCUCCUUAUUUCCAUGGGAGCAACCUCAGUCACAUCCAGUGCUUGUGGGAAUUGUAUGUAGAUUCAUGGAGGCCUUUCUCUAGCUCAUUCUCUCUCUCUCUCUCUCUCUAUAUAUAUAUAUAUAUUCUCUCUCUUUCUCUCUCUCACAGUCUGAGAGUGCAAAGCCACUCAUUCUCUGGCCCCCUAGAGGAUGGAAGAGCAGAAAAUUGUUAAGCAUUUUUGCAGGAUUUGCAAGAAAGGAUUCGGGUGCGGGCGCGCGCUUGGUGGGCACAUGAGGGCGCACGGCGUCUCUGAUGAGAACGUGGGGCCCUCUGGCCGCUCUGAUGAUGAGGACCCAUCUGGAGACUGGGCUGGUGGCGGGAGUGGGGUCAAGCGCAUGUAUGCCCUGCGCACAAAUCCAAAUCGCUUCAAAAACAGUCGAGUCUGUGAGAAUUGUGGUGAAGAAUUCACGUCCUGGAAGUUAUUCCUGGAGCACGGCCGGUGCGCUUCUGGGGCUGAGUCUCCCGACUCUGGCCAAAAGUAUGGGGAGGAGGAGGAGGAGGAGGAGGAGGAGGAGGAGGAUGAUGAGGAGAGAGAAUUCACCAAGAUGCCGUUGAAUGGGGCAGAGGAGAGGGAAUCCACCAAAAUGUCUCCUAACGGAAGAGGCGGCAAUGGGGAAGGUUGGGGGUGGGGAAAGAGGCUGAGGAGGGCGAGGAAUCUGAAUUCCCCCAAUUGCCCCUCCAGUGAGGAGGAGGACCUCGCGCAUUGCCUGGUGAUGCUUGCGAGUGCGAAGGUGGACCCACCAACAGCAGACACUGAGUCCUCAUGCGCUUCCGCAACUCGAGAUGAGGAAGAACCUGAUGGAUUCCGGCAGCCACCCAGCCGGAAUUCAGCUCCUGUUUCCCGAAAUCCAGUGCCCGAUGGCGUAAGCCGGCCCCCGGGGCUCUUUGAGUGCAAGGCAUGCAAGAAGCUCUUCAACUCUCACCAAGCCUUAGGCGGCCACAGGGCUAGCCAUAAGAAGGUGAAGGGUUGUUUUGCCAAGGUUGAAGACCAAGAGGAGUCCUUGUUAGAGAGAGAAACAAUCACAAAAGAUGGGUUCACAGCACCCAGGAAGAUGUUUUCUCUCUCUAAGACCCCAUCUCUCUCUAACCCCAAUUCCUCAACCCCUCAGGCAGCUUCCUCAAGGAAGAGGUCAAAGAUACAUGAGUGCUCAGAGUGCCAUAGGGUUUUCACCUCAGGCCAAGCUUUGGGAGGGCACAAGAGGUGCCACUGGGUCACCUCCAACACAACAGAGCCACCCAUGGCUAAGACACAAUUGCACCAAGAGAACCCACCUAAGAGGCUUGGCAUCGAGAAGGCCACGACACUUGAUCUGAACCUCCCCGCUCCAACGGACGACGUAGGUGGGCUCGAGUUCAAGUCCUGGUUUUGUGUGGGUUCAGAUGAUAAAGGGAGUGCAGUUUUGAGUGUGGAAGAUGAGGGAGACAGUACGUUGAAGCUUGGGAAACUUAGUGAUUUGAAGGACAUGGGGUUGAAUGAUGGGUCUACUCCUUGGUUGCAGGUGGGGAUUGGGUCGAGCAGUAACCCAUCAGAGAAAGGCUAGAGAGAGAGAGAGAGAGAGUGAGAGUGCAUUGAUCUGGUCUGAUGAGAGAGAGAGAGAGAGAGAGAUCAGAUCAUGGACUAUAACUUGUAAUUAAGGGGCUGUAAUUACAGAUUCAGAAACCCAACUCAAAACUGAUUCUUGUUAUUCUUUUGUUUUGGGGGGGCAUUACUUCAUGUUGUAUUUAUUAUAUAUAUAUUGGGGUUUCAAAGGAGGCCUUUGCUGAAUUGCAUAUCUUUUCCUGACUGAUUUAUCAGGAAAUUAAUUAUUUUUUGAAUAAAACUGAUGACACUUUCAUUACA